AUUAAGGAUUCAUUUUCCUUGUAUGUAAAAUGACUCCUCAGUAUACCUGUGCCAAAUGUGUUAUUUGAUGUUACUAUGAGUUUGAGGACCGUCUACUGGAGUUGACAAAGAAAUCGAUUUUUGAACUAUUGCAAUCCACACCAAGGUUGUAGAUGGUUAGGUAACCUAGAGACCAACCAUGUUCAGGCCAAAUGGAAAACCACAAAUUUGGAUUUAUGGAGCUUGUUUCAUGUCUUAACACCUCCAUGAAAGCAUGUCAAUUUUGCACUGCGAAGUGUCCAACUCCAAAACAUUAUCAACAACUGUCACACUGUUUAUUUGAAUUAUUAUUAAGCGUCUUUGAGAACUUUUAAAAGAGCUAUUUAUUAUUAUAUUUAUGGAAAAAUAUAACUAACUUCUAAGAAUAGGUCUACAUACAUUUGUCUACAUUGCAGAUGUAAUGUAAGAGAACAGAUCCAGACGUAUGAACUCGUUAAGCAGGUGAAGGAAAUGGAAGACUGCAUAAAGAUGAAUUUCAAUGUUUUCAUUUAAGCAAUUUAAAUAACACAAUUUCUUACGUGAUUCGGUCUGUCGGUUAAUUAUCAGGUAUAUUUAUUAUUUAUAACCGGGGUUUUACGACCCACUCAUGUACAGUCAUGUACAUGUGUUUAGGCAUUGUGGUGGGGCGUGGCUAUGACUAAGAUCAUCUUUUUUCUCGCGGAGCUGCUUGAAAAGCCAUGACUCGAGCUGGGUUCUCCUUACGGCCGCAACAUGAAACCGGAGAUCGUUCUAAGUGACGCGCUCCACGAUUUUUGAACAACACUGGCAUGGGAGUUUUGUAAAAUGGCAGUUUACACAGAACGCAUAUUUGACAAUUCAGUCGAUUGUCGCAAGAUUUUGCCUUUAUUUCCCGGGAAGCCCAUGUCAGAAUGAACUCUGAUGAAGAAUUUUUCGACGAUCCCAUGCACAUAUGUUAAAAUUCCGCGGAGAUGAAUUGGCCACAUAUUUACAUUGCCAUUGAAUUGAUAAUUGCUGUUCUGUCGAUCGGCGGCAAUGUGUUGGUGUGCUGGGCUGUUGCAAUCAACACUACACUGAAGAACGCAACGAACUAUUUUUUGGUGUCUUUGGCUGUGGCAGAUAUCUUGGUUGGUUGCCUGGCCAUACCCUUUGCCAUCACCAUCAGUAUUGGUCUGCCUUCGGAUUUCUACGGAUGCCUUUUCCUCGCUUGUUUUGUUUUAGUACUCACCCAAAGUUCAAUAUUUAGUCUUCUGGCGGUGGCAAUUGACAGAUAUGUGGCAGUUAAAAUUCCCCUAAGAUAUAAAGAGCUGGUGACAGGGAAGAGAGCCAGAAGGAUCAUUGCCAUCUUAUGGAUCCUGUCAUUCAUCAUUGGUCUUGUGCCAUUCCUGGGCUGGAAUAAGUGGGACAAGGCAUGUGGAAAUGGGACCCUUCCGUAUGCCAACUCCAGCCGCAACCUUCUGCAGAGCUGCCAGCUCAAAUGCCUGUUCGAGGGGGUGGUGGACAUGCACUACAUGGUCUACUUCAACUUCUUCGGCUGCGUACUGCCACCGCUGCUUAUCAUGCUGGGCAUCUACGUCAAGAUAUUCACGGUGGCCCGCCACCAGAUGCGACAGAUCGAGCUCAAGUGCAGCGUGGGCAACGGUGAGAGCCAUCACCACGGCAUCCUGCAGAGGGAGAUCCGCGCCGCCAAGUCUCUGUCCAUCAUCGUGGGCCUGUUCGCCCUGUGCUGGCUGCCGGUGCACAUCCUCAACUGCCUCACGCUGUUCUACCGUGAAAUGCCCAAGCCCCCGGAAGUCAUGUACACGGCCAUUAUUCUGUCGCACGCCAACUCGGUUGUCAACCCAAUCAUCUAUGCGUAUCGCAUACAGGACUUUAGGGUCACCUUCCGGAAGAUUCUGUCGAGGCACAUCCUGUGUCGCAGGGAUGAGCUGUACCUCAGCUCAAAUGGCAGCCAGCGACACAGAGACACGAUCAACAUGACCAUUGACCCUCUGCUAUAAGGCGCUUUUCCACUGCAGGAACUUGCAGGAUGUUUUAGGGGGGCCGGCACCUUUAGGCAGUUUUCCACAGCAGGAACCGCCCCUGUAGGGCCAUUUUCGGGGGGCAAAAUAAGUACCUCCUCCAGGGUAGGUACUUCUGUGUGGCCCUUGCAGUGAUGGUUGACGCUUUUUUUAAUUAAACAUGACGUGAGUGGAAGACAACAAGCAGCAUUUUUAAAACCAGCGAGAUUUACCAGAGUUUACACUGUAAAUACAGCAAAAUAAAUUAUAGCUUACAUAGUUAGCUUGUUGAGGUUACUGAAUGAACACAAACUAAACAUCAGCUAAAAUAUAGGCUUUAAUUGAUCAUAGUUGGGCUGGUAUAUUCAUUUAUCAAGUAAUUAGAGUUGCCAUGAAGCCAUUUAUUUGAUUGUUAGGAACCCGUUUAAGGGUCUGAUGUUGGUGCUGCUGCUGGAGAAAUAAUUUUGUCUUGUCUGACUUCACGAUCAAAGAGCAAAAUAUAAGGCUACGUCACUUGCAGGUCCAUAGUUUCUGCACUGCCAUGGAAAUAAAAAGGCUGAAAUGGCUGAUUAGGGGGCCUUUGCUGCAAACAUUUGCACCACCUGGCAAGUGCCCCGAGUUUCCUGCAGUGGAAAAGUGGCCACGAAGGGCCAGCUAGAGGCCAGCUAACCUUUGACCGCUUAAGACCCAAUUUUGUGUCCAGUGUUUUUUUUUUAAUGCUAUACAACAUGUGUAAAGGAAUGUUUACAGAAAAGAAUGAGAGGGCGUGCUAUUGAAAUACAUGUUAUUGAAAUGCCUUGGAACUGUUAUUUAUUAAGUGAGCACAUGACCACUGGUCGGAUUCCUGAAAGCGGGUGCCGUUUUUUUGUCUUUUGUGAAUCAGUUUCCAAUUGAAGGUAACCGUCAUGUAGGACUAUCCAUUGGUUUUACCUCUUCGUCUUUACUCCAUACACUUCCACUAUAGCAGAUCAAACUCCACAUAUAAACUUGAAAGUACACUCCUUUAAGCUAAGCCAAGCCUUGACAGAAGGAUACAACUGUAGUCAUGAGAGAAUUGGAGUCAAGCUGCUGGCUUUCCUACAGUGUAAAAGAAAAAGGUUAGUCAUGCUCAGAAAACUGAAAUUAUGAUAAACAAGACUUAAAAUAUUGAAAUAUGACUUGUUUGACAUGUUUGAAUUAAAAAGACUUGUGUGUGUGUGAGUGUGUGUGUGUGUAUGCACACAUGAAUCUUAUUCUGGAUUCAACUCAGAAGGCUCAGGAAUUAUCAUUAUAAAAGGUGGUCUUUCUGAAGAGAGAGGCCAACUAUUUUAGCCCUAUUCUGAAUUUAUGUGAGGUCACAUUUCAAUCUAGAUCCUAUACUCCCAGAGCCCCAGCUGUGACUAUUCCCUACCCUUGUAUACUGACAAAUCCCCCCACAUACAGAUGUGCAAAGCUUGGUCCCAGCUGUGACUGCAGGGUCUUGUCAGCCCGACUGUCACACCACCACGCCAUGGGCUGUGUUUGUCAUUGCAUGUGUGCAGUCGCUGAACCACUAGGGACAUCAGGAUAUACCCAAACAAGCCCGCAAGUGUUGGGAUGGCACUUAAACAUUGAGAUAAAUGAUGAAGGCAGCUUCUAUCUUUAUAAGAAAAAAAAAUGUGUAGGACCUUAACUAUAAUGACAUGAGAGCUGCUUCAACAACUGUAGCAAUCCCAAUAAGCAGACUACGAAUGUAAACACAUUGGAGAGAGUGCAGCUGACUAGAGGAUUUCUUUGCUUGUUGUUUGUGAACAUUAUCUAUGGGGGUGGAAGACGUUUAACUCGUCAAUACCCGCUUGAAGUACAAAAGUACAAGUCAAGCACUGUGCAAAACACAACAAAGGGAAUCCCUGAGCUAGUAAUGAUUUCUGAGUACAUUGCAAAAUAAUUUGGAAAAUAAUUAUGUCGUUCCUUUUUAACUGUGAGUCCCCUGGUGCUGCACUGUACUGUAUGUGUACUUGGGCGAGCUUUCAAAUGCACUGAUGUGUGACUAAUGUGUUUGUUUUCACCACAAUUUAAAACUAAACCAAAAAAAAUGAAAAAGAAAUGUUUCAGCUGGCGUCUAGUAGUGACUGUACCAUCACAAUGUUGCUAUUUGCUGCAUUAUCCAGCAGCUUCUUCUCAAGGAAGAUGAUGCAACUUGAGAAUUAUGUGAAAUACCAAAAGUCUUAAGGGCAGCACUCUUAGCCUGGGUGUCAUGUAAGUGCUUGAUGGAAUGGUUCAUUUAACACUUAAAGGGCUAAACUACAGGAAUUACUUUGUGGACGUUCCACUUCCAAUGGAGACCAACCUGUACUGCAUUCUACACGGCUGUCCUUUAAUCUUUUUUCACUGUUGUGCAUUCCAGUAGAUCUCUGGUAGUCGUCAUUGAAAAGCCUUUUUUAUGUUGAUUAAAAUACAAGGUAUGAAUAGACAUAGAUUUAACAAUCCUGCCACUGAUAAAAAAGAAAAAAACUGUGUUUUUCAAAAGACAAAAAUGUGGAAUUUAAAAACUUUGCUUCAGUAAGGUCACUAGUCAGCAUAUACAGUGGUUCAGAUGUUGAAGUGUUUUCAAUGCUCGAAGGUGAAGUUGUCAUUCUUAAUACAAAUGUAAACCAGUACUGUUAUUUAACAUGAACAAAACUAUGUAUUGUGACUUAUUUUGUUAAUAAAAUGUAUGUUUAUAUAAAGUCAA